AUGACCAGCCUUUCCAGCAAGCUUGCUGAGCUUGAGGCCGCGGGCAGGCCUAUUCAAAUAGGUCUCAUCGGCGCUGGCAAGUUUGGCUCUAUGUUCAUCGCGCAGUCUCACAGGACGACCGGAAUGAGACUUGCUGGCAUUGCAGACCUAUCCUCCGACAGAGCCUUUGCAGCGCUCAAGCGGACCAAUUAUCCAGUUGAUAAGUACGACACCACUGUCAAUGCAUCCAUAUCUGAGGGUAUCCGAUCGGGACAGACGAUCAUUACGACAGAUUCUUCCGCGCUUAUUGCUACGCCGGAGAUUGAUGUGAUCCUCGAAGUGACUGGAAACCCGGCUGCAGGCAUCAAACACGCACUUCUGUGUUGCGAGCACAAGAAACACAUAGUCAUGGUCAAUGUUGAGGCUGAUGUACUUGCCGGUCCUCUGCUGGCACGCAAAGCGAAGGAGGCCGGCAUUAUCUACAGCAUGACCUACGGUGACCAACCAGCCCUAAUCUCCGAAUUGGUAGACUGGGCUCGAGCAGCUGGAUUCGACGUCAUCUGCGCUGGCAAGGGAACAAAGCACCUUCCCCAAUACCACUACUCAACCCCAGCUACAGUCUGGGACCACUACGGUUUCACAAAAGACCAGUUGGCCUCUGGCGAGUUCAACCCCCAGAUGUUCAACAGCUUCCUCGAUGGUACCAAAUCCGCCCUGGAGAUGGCCGCCGUCGCCAACGGCUGCGACCUGACUCCUCCACCCUCCGGCCUCAAGUUCCCGCCGUGCGGGAAGGACGAUCUGCCCGAAGUAUUGAAGCCAGAGGUUGAGGGCGGAAAGCUCAAGUGCAACGGCAGCGUGGAGGUGGUGUCAUACUUGUACGAGAAUGGCAGUUGGGUUCCUGAUCAUCUGCGGUGGGGUGUGUACGUUGUCAUCGAGGCGGCCUCGCAGUAUCAGCGGGAUUGCUUCCGACAGUACGGGCUGAAGACAGACACUAGUGGGAAGUAUGCCGCGCAGUACAAGCCUUAUCACCUGAUUGGGCUGGAGCUGGGCAUCUCGGUGGCAAAUAUCAUGUGUCGUGGUGAGCCUACUGGCCAAACCAAGACGUGGGCCGGUGACGUUGUUGCUACUGCAAAGCGUCACCUCUGCGCCGGCGAGAGGCUUGACGGCGAGGGCGGAUUCACGGUCUACGGCAAGUUGGUGAGGGCUGAGGACUCGAUAUCCAGCUUCAGCUUGCCGAUUGGACUCACACAUGGGUUUAUCCUCAAGCGUGACGUCGGGAAGGACCAGGGAUUGAGUUGGGAUGACGUCGAGGUCACGGCAGAAACAUCUCAGGCGGUUGCGGUGAGGAAGGAGAUGGAGGCCAUAUUCAGGAAGGAGUUCGAGGAGAAAAAGGCCGAGGCUGAAGGCGGAUGGUAA